CGAUCAUUUAGGCAUGCGUGAACAAAUACAGUAGAGAUUUUCAGACUCUUCUGACGAUUUUAAAAAACAAAGUUGGAGACAAGUUCACACCUCUGCAAAUCCCGUCUCUUCUGAACAAGGCACCAUGGCGCCCAUGAUGCUGGUUCUCCUAGCGGCCGUUGCCGGGGUUGCAGUGGCGGCAGACGUCCCCUGCCGUCCGAUGCAGGAACUCUACCCGUCCGGGAAGGAACUGUGUGAGAGGAUGUGGGACGGCGCCUUCGUGUACGAGACCGACCUGAGCAGGGCCUACACCAUGUGGUUCUUCGAGCGGGACAACCCGAACGACAAGGUGUCCCACAAGCUCGGAAAGACUCCUCCGAACAAGUGUUACCUGCAAUACCUGCACAAGACUGUUCCCGGCCCCGAGCCCGACAACUUCACAGAGUGCCACCCGUGGAAGAACCGCGCCUGCUGCCGCCAGCAGACCGUCUCUUCCCCGGAGAAGAUCAUCCAGAACUACGGGCCGGAGUGGCGCUGGGACCGCUGCGGGACGCUGUCGGCUGCCUGCGAGCGCUUCUUCGUGCAGGAAGCGUGUUUCUACGAGUGUGAUCCAAAUGCAGGUCUUUACCGCAUGUACUCCGACAAGGAUUUCGACGCGUCCAACCCCCGUCACAACAAGUGGCAGAUUGAGGGCAUGCCGAUUCGUGCGGACUACUGCGACUCCUGGUGGGCCGCCUGUAGGAACGAUCUGUUCUGCGCGCUCGAGCAGGGGAACCACUACGUCUGCGCAGCGGAGUACGAAAAGGCCGAUGGCCAAGGUUACUUUUAUACUCUCGUCAAGUCCAUCGUUAGCUGGUUUACCCAGUGAUCUGUGGGAUUUGUGUCACACAGAAGUUACUAGUUACUAAGUACAUGCCGCCCGAAUAGUGACUCCACCUUCAAGCGCUUUUAAUAACGGCCUCUAUUGGCGCCGUACUUAGACAUACUUGGUACGAAAGCAACAUGUAAUUCUUAUAGACACAUGACAUUGUGUAAUCACACACCUGCAUGUUCUCUCUCUCUCUGUGUGUAAUAAAAUGCAUGUUUUAGGAGAU